CACCAUGGCUGGCAUCCCUGUGCCCGUCCGCAACGCCAUUAGCAGCUCCUACAGCUCCACUGGCGGCCUGUUGCGGCCGAGGAAGCGGGGCUGGCCCACGUCGAGUGCCUUCUGCGGGCCGGCCGCCUCCUGCUCCAAAAUACCAGAGAGGCCAGCAAAGGUGAGUGGGGAGGAGGCGCUGGGGCCUCGCUCCAGUACCUCACCUCCCUUGGUGACGGACAGGGAGUCCCAGAGAGGAAGAGCGGUAGGUGCAGCCGCGGAGAAACCAGGCUUGCGGAAUUCCCCACCUACACCUGGCGGCUCCUGGCCGCAUAAAAGGAAGUUUCCUGAGCAGCUUUCCGGGGGAGGGGACCUGGGGACUCUGCCUCCCGCGCCCCGGCUGGGCUAUCCUGUCACUCUGGGAGAUGGUGACAUGGCAACUAAAGGUUCAUCUCGGUGGCUUAACAAGCCCUUGGAGCACAGGAUGGAUGCUGCCCAAGAGUCUGCCCCCGAGAGCCCACCCCGCACUCAGCCUCCCAGCGCGCUCCCGCUGCCUGCAGCCAGCACUGCGCCCUCAUCAGCUGCCUUCUGGGGCCCGAUAAAGAGGCAGACUGCUCGGCGGUUUCCAGCCUUCCCAGAAUAUGCUGGAGUAGCAGCGACGGUGGCCCCUUCGCCUGCGAAGAUAGCCCGCCUAAUGGGCCCUGUUUCCUGUCCAGCCUUCCCAGAAUAUGCUGGAGUAGCAGCGACGGUGGCCCCUUCGCCUGCGAAGAUAGCCCGCCUAAUGGGCCCUGUUGACUCUUCACGGCCACAGCGUCUUCCCAACUCUUUAGGCCUCAAGCCCGCAGCCCCUUGUGCGGGACUGAUCUCUGCUCCUGUUAUGAUGGCAAGUGAUACCAAGUCCCCGCCAACCCUCCGGGCUGAGACAUCUGCCAAAGUCACCAUGCCACAGGGCCCGCUCCCUACCUCCUCUCCACCGAUGCUGCUGGACAAGCCACGCACUCCACCUCCUGACGCUGUCUGCCCUCGUGGUGCUGCUCCUGAGAACUUGACCGCACCCAUGCUGAAGGCCAUGUGUACCACCACAUCUGGAAGUCAGAGUGCAGGCCCUUUGCCAUCUGGCCCCAUACUCACAACUCCAACUUCUUCCAGCUCUACUAUGGUGACAACAACCUGUACCUCCAUCCUGAAUUUAAAGCCGGCACCUCUGCGCUUGGCCAGACACGUCAAGCAGACCACGAUUUCAACAACCACACCAACAUCAACUGCUACAACCACAAUCCAGGCUCCUGCCUCCUCUCGCUGGGCUCCAGCCUCAACUGCUCCAGCCUCCACUAACCGGGCCCCAGCCUCAACUGCUGCAGCCUCCACUAACUGGGCCCCAGCCUCAACUGCUGCAGCCUCCACUAACUGGGCCCCAGCCUCAACUGCUGCAGCCUCCACUAACUGGGCCCCAGCCUCAACUGCUGCAGCCUUCACUAACUGGGCCCCAGCCUCAACUGCUGCAGCCUCCACUAACUGGGCUCCAGCCUCAACUGCUGCAGCCUCCACUAACCGGGCCCCAGCCUCAACUGCUCCAGCCUCUACUAACCGGGCCCCAGCCUCAACUGCUGCAGCCUCCACUAGCCGGGCCCCAGCCCCAACUACUGCAGCCUCCACUAGCUGGGCCCCAGCCUCAACUGCUCCAGCCUCUACUAACUGGGCUUCAGCCUCAACUGCUGCAGCCUCCUCUCACCAGGCGCCUGCAUCCACCAGCCGGGCUCCUGACGCUCUCUCCUCUGGUGGUGGUAGUGCUGCUGCUAACGACUUGUUUACAAUGUUUGAAGCGAUGUGUGUGACUGCACCUGGAAAUAAGAAAAAGGGCCCUUUGCCAUCUGGCCCCAUACUCACACCUCCAACUUCUUCCAGGUCUAACACCAUGUGGACAACAAGUUUAAAGCUGGCACCUGUGCGCUUGGCCAAACACAUCAAGCAGACCAAUGGAGCAACAACGACACCAGCCUCAACUGCUGCAGCCUCCUCUCACCAGGCUCCUGCGUCCACCAGCCGGGCUCUUGACGCUCUCUCCUCUGGUGGUGGUGCUGCUGCUGCUAAUGACUUGUUUACAAUGUUUGAAGCGAUGUGUGUGACUGCACCUGGAAAUAAGAAAAAGGGCCCUUUGCCAUCUGGCCCCAUACUCACACCUCCAACUUCUUCCAGGUCUAACACCAUGUGGACAACAAGUUUAAAGUCGGCACCUGUGCGCUUGGCCAAACAUAUCAAGCGGACCAAUGGAGCAACAAUGACACCAGCCUCAACUACCCCUGCCUUGUCUAGCUGGGCUCUAGCCUCAACUGCUCCAGCCUCAACUGCUGCGGCCUCCACUAGCCGGGCCCCAGCCUCAACUGCUCCUGCCUUGUCUAGCCAGGUUCUUGCCUCCCGUGCAGCUGCCUCUGCCACAACUACGAGUACAAGCAAAGACUCUUUUUGGCUUUGGUGUCAGCGAUAUGACCAGCGCCCUGAAAAGAAAACCCACUUCUGGCUUUGGUGUCAGCGAUGUGACCAGCCCCUUGGCGACCGAGACUGUUUUUGGCUUUGGUUUCAGCACCCCGAGCAACAUAACUGUUUUUGGCUGUGGGGUCAACGGUGUGACCAGCCCCCUGACAGCAAUGAGUGCUUUUGGCUAUGGUGUCAGCGAUGUGUACAAGGUCCUGGGCAACCUGAGUCCUUUUGGAUUUGGGUUCAACGUAGUGACCAACGCCCUGAGCUGUGGGGCUAACAGCACAGCCUUUCCUCUUUGGUGCUCCAUGUGCCUCAUUGCCUGCUUUACCCCAGCUGUGGGGUUCUAUAUUCCAGUUUUGCAAGCUUCAUACUAGGCCAAUAUCAACCACAAUCACUGGUUUUGGCCAGUCCCUCCUCAGGGAAGCUAAGAUAGUUUCCUGUGCUGCUUUUCUUCCUUGCCUGGGAUCCGUGUAGGGAAGAUCACCCCUAUUCUAUGUUAGGGAGUCCAGACCAAUGAGCCAUACUUUCCGAUGGUAUUUUAGUUCUUCUUCUCAGAGUUCUCUCCAACCCUUCCCCAUUCCUCCCUUUUUUCCAAAACUAUAUACCCCAGGCACUCUUUUUGGGAAAAAAUAUUUGCAUAUGUGUAAAUUAAAAAGCAAACAUUAUUUGAAUGUUUUUGAAUAAAAUUAUUUUUAAUUUGAUAUACAUUGUCUUUGAAAUUCCUUCAUGCUGAGCUUAUGAAAGUGGUUAUGUUUAAACACUGUGAAGGAGAAAUUAGCUGUGAAGUUAUGCGUGUGACAUGGAUGUAACCGGUCUCCUGUGUUGACGGAAGUUGGAUGUUCUGUGGUAGGGACUGCUCCUCGUGCCCAAGAAGGACCCUGAGGUCUGACUUGUUGAUGCUUGGCUGUGCCUAAACCACAACUUCUACGGUGCCUAUCAGGAUCGGAGGGCCGGUGGUGAGACACGGGUGUGGAAAUCAGGCUUGUAUGUACUCAGGUAGAGCCUCUUAGUUUAGUACUCUGAGCUGGUUCACUCCAGCUCCACGGGCAGAAUGAUUAAUCUAGCAUCCUCCUGCAGAUGGUGUCCGGGUAGGGCCUGAAGGAGUGUAGGUGUGAGCGUGGGUUUGGCAUGCACUGCACAGGAGCAGGAAACUGGGUCUUCCCUCUACAAAUCAAAUACAGACUUAAUUCCUGUUGAGUGGAGUUGGAAUUUUUAGUAUGA